AUGUUUAACAGCCAUAAGGAACGUAUAAGAACAAAUAAUAGGGAAUUUGAAGCACUUAUUUCUUUAAUACCAGAAAAAUAUUAUUAUAAUGAAACGCUCAAGAAUUCAUCAAAUAAGCGUAAAAGAACGAAAGAAGAAUCAAAAUAUCUUAAAAAAUUGAAGCUUUAUCCUGAAUCAUAUAAAAAUAUAGAUAAUAUUAAUAAAGAAUUAAAUAAUGGAGAAAAACAGCGAUUGAACAAUAUCAAUUGUGUUAUAAAUGAAGAGAAUGGAAGUUUGAAUAUAUCAGAAGGAAAAAAAUCAAAAAAAAAAGAAGAAAAAAUAAAUGAAAACAAAGUAUUUGAAGUGACUUCAAAAAUCCCCCCCCAAAAAGAAGAGGAAGUGAAUAAAAAGGUUUUGGAAGAUAAGACGGAGGUCAUUGUUAUGGAAAAUGGAAAAAAUGAUAUAAAAAAGGAAGAAACAUGUAUAAAAGAAGUAUCUAAAAAAUCAGAAGAAAAAUCACCAGAUAUUUUUGAUCUUCGUUUGAAAUUAGCAUCACGUAUUGAACAACUACGUGCAAAUAGGAAAACGUCAAAGGAUGGGAUUGAUAGUUCUGCGAAAAAUAGGGAUUCUAUUCUUGAAACAAGAAAAAAAAAGAGAAAUCGUGAUCAAAAAAGAAUAUUAACAAAAAUGAAACAAAAAGAAGCACUAGGUAAUGCACAAAAACAUAGAAAUUUAUCUGUUGGUUCGUUAGAAAAUCAUAAAUCAUCAAUUAAAUCCGAAGAAACUAAUCUUAUGUAUGGAAAAAUAACCUUUGAAUCUGAUAAUGAAGACAAACAUGAAUCAGGUCGAAAAAAACAUAAUUCUAUGGAUUUAGCUAGUGCUAUUCGUCAUUUAGAAGCAAAAAAGCAACGACUAAGUCAAUUGAGUGAUGAAAAGAAAAAAGAGAUUAUGAUCUCUGAUGCAUGGAAAAAGGCCUUUUUACAAUCUCAAGGUGAAAAAGUCAAAGAUAAUGAAGCCUUAUUGAAAAAAUCACUAAAAUGGCAAGAAAGAAAGAAAGAAAAAAGCGCUAAAGCAUGGAAUGAAAAACAUAUUCAACUCUUAAAAACAAAACAAUUAAGACAGAAAAAAAGAGAUGAAAAUAUAAAACUUUACAAAACAUCACAAAAAAAAAAACAUUCUACAAAAACACAACAAAGACCCGGAUUCGAAGGUUCCUUACGUAUUAAAAGAAGAAAAUAG